AUGAUGGAGGAGAUGGAGGAGGGAGAGGACGGAAAGAUGGGCGACAUGAGCGGAUCCCCUUUGGUUCGGUCGCUACGAGCUCGUCUAGAACGCGCUGAGGAUCAAGUCCGGCGAGCCCGCGAAAGGGAAAAAGCUCUUCGAGAAAGAUUGGAAGGAGAUGAUAUCUCACAUUUGCUUGCUGCACAACGCUCACAGGCGGAACUCUUGAGCGAUCAGCUGAAAGAGGCUCAUCGAGUCGCCGACGAAGCACACGACAAAUAUCGACAGCUAUUAAAAGAGCAUGGCGAAUGUCAAGAGAAGUUGAUGGAAAAAGAGCAAGAGAAUUCGAAGCUGCAAAUGAGUCUGAACGAAGCAAAGAAACAGCUUGAGAGCGUGAGCGAGCUAGAGAAGAAGGAAAGUGAUAUGAAGAAACAGCGCGAAAUAGAAAAUCUGAGUCAAGAAAUUGAAAUGCAGCAAAUGGAUAUCUUGGCUUUGCAACGACAACUUGCUGAGUCUGCCACGGAAGAUGCAGGUCCUCGAACAACUGCAAAAAGAUUUGGACGACUCAACGAACCUUUCAAGGCAUUGCGAGCAAAGUUGAAUGAGGUAGAGCAAUGGGCCUCAAAGUCGAUGCAUUACAAACAAGAGUUGGAACUCAAGGAUAAGGAGUUGACGGAGAUCAAACGCGAGAUGCAAGAUAAGACCCUGGACUAUGAAUCCAUGAAGGGGAGGCUGGAAAACGCGCAUGCCGACCUGCAGGAAUGUCGCGAGAGGAUCGCAGAGCUCCUCGAAAGUCACGAGAAAGAAAUAGAGGAGAAGGCUGAGGAGUUUGAACAAAUGUUGACAAAAGUUCAUAAAUCAUCCAUGCUGCUUGAGCAGAACAGUAUUGGAAAGAUCGAUAGGCUGCAAAAGCAAAAACAAGAACUUCUCAAAAAUUUGACCAAGACGAAUUUUGCAUUGGAAGGAAAACAAAAGCUUGAGCAGCUUUCAAACAAAGACGUAUCUGCUCAGAUUAAGUAUCAACUUACGAUGCAAUACAUCACCUUCUCACCGUAUUUCAACAGAUUUUUCAAAAGCAGACUGAUUGAGAUGGAACAAACAAGUCAAGUCGACAAGGACAAAUUGGAAGAUUUCGAUCACUACGCUUCUGAUUUGAACAUCGGGCUGAUACGAGUCGAGGAAAUGGUGAUAAUGUGUGAGAACCGUUUGAAGGAGGUCAUCAGGAAGUUGAAGGAUCAAGACGAUUUUCUUGACCCUGUCAACAUUGACUUUGCUCCCGUGAGCGAAGCUGAGUCCAGAGAUGUUGAGAGCUACAAGAGGAGGGUUGAGGAGUUGGAGGAGAAAUUACAGCUUCUACGCUCAAACUCUGUCCCUAUCGAGGAAUACAAACAACUCUCAGAAGGAGUAUUGAACGAAUGUGCAUCUGUUCAAAAGAAUGCGAUGCAAAACAUCAGCGAGAGGUUCCGAAAGCAAGGAGACGUAAUCGCGAAUCUGGAACGUGAAAAACGUAUCCUUGGAUGCUGCUUGCUUUCCUGUCUUACUCAAAAGACAGGAGAGCUUUCUCAGUCCCUCCAGACUGCUAACUCAAACCUGAGCCAUUUCAGAUCCUCGCUUGCUUACUACAAAAGUACUCUUCAACAAGCACAGAAGGAAUACGCAAGACAGAAAUCAGAAUUGAUGGCAACGGUAUCCAAUCUGCAGAACAGGUUGAAACAGACGCAAAAGGAAUUAGAGGAUGCGCAAGAUCAUAUCAACAAGAGAACACAGUCAACAGAACAAUCUUUGCGUGAUUUACAGCUUCAACUCAACGAUGCACGGAACGGCAAAGCUUUGGUUGAAGCAGAACUACACUCGGCAGAGCAGGACAUAAUUAAGCUAAAGUCCGUCAUUAAGUAUGCAACCGACGCUGUUCGCAAAGCUGCGGAACAGAGAUCCGAGUUGACUGCGAUGAUCAACGAAGGUGAAGUUGAGAAGGAGAAAUUUGAAGAGAUGAAUGCAAAACUUGCCGAGAUCGAGCAAGAUCGAUCAGAAAUAUUUCAAAAACUGAGCGAAAGUAUAUACAGAGAACAUCAAGCCCUUCGGCAGCUGGAUGAAGUCAAACACCGGGAAGGUAUAGCUCUCGAAGAGUUGGAACGAUUGCGGAACGAAGUGAAAGAGAGCAAGUCGAGCGGGGACAGUCAACACCUGCAGAUACAGGAGAAAGCGCAGGAGAUGAACCUGUUGAGGAUGAACACAGCUCCUCUUGCCAGGAGCAUCACGGAGGAAGUCAGAUCCAUUCGUGAAGAUCUUCAGAAGAGCGCAGCUCUGUGGACGCUGCCGAAUGAGCGACUGCUGGAGGAGCGAGCGAGGUAUCGUGACCAAAUCAUUCGGUUGGAAGGACAGAUCUCCGAACAUACAAGACAGAUGCUUCAGGUGACGCAAGACUAUGAAGAAAGAUUGAGGAGAGCUGAAGGGCAGCGUGUGCGUCGGAGCUGGGCACAAACACAAGAAGCGAGCAAGGCCGAGGUGAACAGCGUGAAGCCUGAGAAGCCCAAGUCAACACCCAAGGAGAGGAAGGAGAGGAAGGUUGAGGGUAAAGUCUCACCCCAGCGCAUGAGAGCAGCCAUGUCUCCGCUUCGAUCGCCGAAACCUGUCAAGUCGGACAGCGACAGCGACAGCGACGAGUCGAGGCUGGCGAGGAGGAUGAAGCGAGUGAGCGCGGCACAUAAGGCAGAGGCGACGAGGAGGGAACAAGUUAGGCAGGCAGUGGAUGAGGAGUCCAACGAUGAGGACGACUACGUCCGAUCCAGCAGAGUUCGUUUCUCUCGCGAUGGGACCCCAGCCAAGGCGGUGGAGGAGCGAGGGGGCCAAGUGAAGGAGGAGAAGGUGAACGGAAGGCCGUCGCUGGGAAGCUCGUUCCUCGCGGCGAUGGAGAUAGAGCAGAGGAUGUUCGGACGAUGA